AUGGCACUGCUGGAGACCAAGUUCAUGGAGAAGAGGAAGACCAGGGAAGGGGCUGCUGUGAAGUAUCCUAAUGAACUCCAAAACUCUGCUCUGGUUCCAGAACAUCAUGACUAUCACAAGAAACAAAAUGCCCUCAGAGCACUUCAAAAGAAAGCUCUGGACAAGAAUCCUGAUGAGUUCUACUUUAAAAUGAUACAUGCUGAACUCAAGGAUGGAGUUCAUAUCAUAAAGCAGCAGAAGGAUGAAGUGACCCCUGAACAGGUGAAGCUGAUGAGGACACAGGAUAUCAAGUAUGUGGAAAUGAAAAGGGUUGCAGAAGCCAAGAAAAUCGAGCGGCUGAAGUCGGAGCUCCAUCUCCUGGAUGCGGAGGGGAAGAGCCCAAAUAAGCACGUGUUCUUUUUUGAUACGAAAAAAGAAGUUCAGGAGUUUGAUAUUGCAACUCACCUGGAUACUGUUCCAGAGCUCGUUAGUAGAGUGUACAACCGACCAACCAUCGCAACGCUGCAGAGAGAGACGCUGAGAGGAGCUACAGACCCUGCCCACUUAAAGAAAUUAGCUCAGCAAAGGAAGAAUCAGUAUGACCUGCUGAAACAGCGCAUCGAAAGAGAAAAGGCCAUGUUUGUUGUUGCACAGAAAAUUCAGACACGUAAAGAUCUUUUGGACAAAACUCAUAAAGUAAAGGUGAAGAAAGAGACAACAAGUGGUCCAGCUAUUUACAAAUUCAAGUUUCAGCGGAAACGUUAA